CCCCGCUCCCGUUAACGAUUCCCCGCAAGAGCGGCGGCAGCGAAGCCCCGGGACACAUCCCGGGGCACUGCCCGCAGCCCGGCGGGCUCCAGGCGGCAGCAGCGGGACGAGCCCCGGGAGAGGAUGGGGCGGAGCCGCUCGGGCAUCCCGGUAGUGCCCGGAGGCCCAGCGGUAUCUCGGCGAUCGUUGCCCCGAAGUCCUCAAAUUAAUUAUUAACAGCGGCCCGAGGGCAAAGCCAAGGCCGGGACAAACCUCACCCGGUCGCGUCCCGCUCCCCAUCCCAGUGCCACCGCCGAGGAUGUGGCCGUGCGCGGUGGCCGUGCUGCUGGGGCUGCUCCUGCUGCGGCGCUGGCACCGGGAGCGGCGGACGGUGCCGGGGCUCUCGGAGAAGCACGUGCUGAUCACGGGAUGCGACAGCGGCUUCGGCAACCUGCUGGCUCGGCAGCUGGACGCGCGGGGGCUGCGGGUGCUCGCCGCCUGCCUGACGGACAGCGGCGCCGCGCAGCUGCGGGCGGCCACCUCCGGCCGGCUGCAGACCGUCCUGCUGGAUGUCACCUGCAGCAAGAGCAUCGCCGAUGUCACCGCCUGGGUCCGGGAGCGUGUGGGUGAUCAAGGGCUCUGGGGGCUGGUGAACAACGCAGGGAUCGCCAUCCCCACCGGGCCGAACGAGUGGCUGAGCAAGGAGGACUUUGUCAAGGUGCUGAAUGUCAACCUGGUGGGGCUGGUGGAGGUGACGCUGAGCCUGCUGCCGCUGCUGCGGCGGGCGCGGGGCCGCGUGGUCAACGUGGCCAGCGUGAUGGGCCGCGUGUCCUUCUUCGGCGGAGGCUACUGCCCCUCCAAGUACGGCGUGGAAGCCUUCUCUGACAGCCUCAGGCUCGAGAUGCGCAACUUCGGGGUGAAGGUGUGUGUGAUCGAGCCGGGCUACUUCAAAACGAUGAUCACCAGCGUUGAGAGCCUGGAGAAGAAUUUUUAUGCCAGCUGGGAGAAGCUUCCUGAAGAAAUCAAAGCGAGUUACGGGGAGGGUUACUUGAGGGAUUUUGUGGCGGCUCUCAAGGUGCUGCAGAAGGGCUGCAGCACCAACCUGUCCCUGGUCACCAACUGCAUGGAGCACGCUCUGACCAGCCUCCACCCCCGCUCCCGCUACUCCGCCGGCUGGGACGCCAAGCUGCUCUACCUGCCCCUCAGCUACCUGCCCUCAGCCCUCAGCGAUGCCCUGUUUGCCAUGUUCUACCCCAAACCUGCUGGGAAAGCCUAAGCUGGGGUUGCAGCUGGCAGCCAGGACCAGAGUGAGAUCCAAUAACACGCGGUGGGAUCCAGAAUUGGCUGCGACCAAGGCCUCAGCCAGAUCCCCGAAUUUGUAGCUGUGUGUAGCUCUGAAUUUGCAGCUGUCUGUCCCUCUGUCCCCUGCUCACGCAUGGCUUGGUCCUGAAUAAAGACGCCCUGUCCCCUCCUG